AUAAACAAAAAUUCCACCAGAGGAAAUGCUGAAAUAGGAGUUACGGAUACGUUGGAUUUGCUGGAGGAAAAACAAGCAGUAAAUUUUUGUACCACAGGGAGAAAGCCCAAAUUGCCAGAUUACAUGUGUAAAUCACUGCGUUACUGCUUUAGUCAUUGUCUGUAUUUAGCAAUGACAAGACUGGAAGAAGUCAACAGAGAAGUGAACAUGCAUUCUUCAGUGCGUUAUCUUGGCUAUUUAGCCAGAAUCAAUUUAUUGGUUGCUAUAUGCUUAGGUCUUUAUGUAAGAUGGGAAAAAACAGCAAAUUCCUUAAUUUUGGUAAUUUUUAUUCUUGGUCUUUUCGUUCUUGGAAUUGCCAGCAUACUCUAUUAUUAUUUUUCAAUGGAAGCAGCAAGUUUAAGUCUCUCCAAUCUUUGGUUUGGAUUCUUGCUUGGCCUCCUAUGUUUUCUUGACAAUUCAUCCUUUAAAAAUGAUGUGAAAGAAGAGUCAACCAAAUAUUUGCUUCUAACUUCCAUAGUACUAAGGAUCUUAUGCGCUUUGGUGGAGAGAAUUUCUGGGUAUGUCCGUCAUCGACCCACUUUACUGACCACAGUAGAAUUUCUGGAACUUGUUGGAUUUGCUAUUGCCAGCACAACUAUGUUGGUGGAGAAGUCUCUGAGUGUCAUUUUACUUGUUGUAGCUUUGGCCAUGCUGAUUAUUGACCUGAGAAUGAAGUCUUUCUUAGCUAUUCCAAACUUAGUUAUUUUUGCAGUCUUGCUGUUUUUCUCCUCAUUGGAAACUCCCAAAAAUCCAGUUGCUUUUGCAUGUUUUUUUAUCUGCCUGAUAACUGACCCUUUCCUUGACAUUUAUUUUAGUGGACUUUCAGUGACUGAAAGGUGGAAACCCUUUUUGUACCGUGGAAGAAUAUGCAGAAGACUUUCAGUCGUUUUCACAGGAAUGAUUGAGCUUACCUUUUUUAUUCUUUCAGCAUUUAAACUUAGAGAUACUCACCUCUGGUAUUUUGUAAUACCAGGCUUUUCCAUUUUUGGAAUUUUCUGGAUGAUUUGCCAUAUUAUUUUUCUCUUAACUCUUUGGGGAUUCCAUACCAAAUUAAAUGACUGCCAUAAAGUAUAUUUCACCCACAGGGUAGAUAACAAUAGCCUUGAUAGAAUCAUGGCAUCCAAAGGGAUGCGUCACUUUUGCUUAAUUUCAGAGCAGUUAAUUUUUUUUAGUCUUCUUGCAACAGCGAUUUUAGGAGCAGUUUCCUGGCAGCCAACAAAUGGAAUCUUCUUGAGCAUGUUUCUGAUAGUUUUACCAUUGGAAUCCAUGGCUCAUGGACUCUUCCAUGAAUUGGGUAACUGUUUAGGAGGGACAUCUGUUGGAUAUGCUAUUGUGAUUCCCACCAACUUCUGCAGUCCUGAUGGUCAGCCAACACUUCUUCCCCCAGAACAUGUACAGGAGUUAAAUUUGAGGUCUACUGGCAUGCUCAAUGCUAUCCAAAGAUUUUUUGCAUAUCAUAUGAUUGAGACCUAUGGAUGUGACUAUUCCACAAGUGGACUGUCUUUUGAUACUCUACAUUCCAAACUGAAAUCUUUCCUUGAACUUCGGACUGUGGAUGGACCUAGACAUGAUACGUAUGUUUUGUAUUACAGUGGGCACACCCAUGGCACGGGAGAGUGGGCUCUUGCAGGUGGAGACAUACUGCGCCUUGACACACUUUUAGAAUGGUGGAGAGAAAAGAAUGCCUCCUUCUGUUCUCGCCUUAUUAUCGUAUUAGACAGUGAGAAUUCAACUCCGUGGGUGAAAGAAGUGAGAAAAAUCAAUGAUCAGUACAUUGCGGUGCAAGGAGCAGAGAUGACAAAGACCAUAGAUAUUGAAGAAGCUGACCCACCACAGCUGGGUGACUUUACAAAGGACUGGGUAGAAUAUAACUGCAACCCCAGUAAUAACAUCUGCUGGACUGAAAAGGGACGCACUGUGAAAGCAGUCUACGGUGUGUCAAAGCGGUGGAGUGACUACACUCUGCAUCUGCCAACAGGCAGCGAUGUGGCCAAGCACUGGAUGUUACACUUUCCUCGUAUUACAUAUCCACUGGUGCAUUUGGCAAAUUGGUUGUGCGGUCUGAACCUUUUUUGGAUCUGCAAAAGUUGUUUUAGGUGUUUGAAAAGAUUAAAAAUGAGUUGGUUUCUUCCUACUGUGCUGGACACAGGACAAGGCUUCAAACUUGUCAAAUCUUAAUUUGGAACCCAAAGUGGAAUAUUAUUGAGAGUUCAUACUACCAGUUACCACUAACUUGCCAUUUUUUGUAUAUGGUUUUUUUAUUUGUGAAAAAUACCUUGCUACUUCUGUAGCUGCUCUCACUUUGUCUUUUCUCAAGUAAUUAUGGUGUAUGUAAGAUGUUGGGAAUAAGCAUUUUAUCCUACAAGUAUGUAAGGAGUCGUAAAUGCUGAUGCUGUGUAAAUGCAUCACAGAGGUUAAAAAUAACUGCACUUUGAGGACUGUUUGCAUAUGCCUCUGAUUAGAAAGAAAACACUUGUCUGUGCUCUGCAGUGGCCAAUGAGGAAUUAAUAAUGCCUUAUUUUCUAGGCAUAGAGAUUGUAGACCAGACCGUUUACUAUUAUAAGAAAAUUUCCAAUUUGCUUACAAAAAGAUUUUUUUUUUUGUCAACAGUAGGUUUGAGUCCAAGACCAUUUGAAGAAUUACAAACUCUUUCUUAAAAAAGGAUAAAGGGAGAAGCCUGAAAUGAGUGCAAAGAUUUGCUUAUAGUCUACCAUUCGGAUGUCUUGGUUGUGGCCUAUUACCAGUGUAGUAGUAACGCCCAAAAGACUGUUGAGAUCAAAACAUUCUUCCUAUAGGUAACUGUAAGAGGCUAGAAGCCUACAGAUCGCUCCUUCCUGCCUUGUUGGGGUGGAGGGAGGGGCUCUGAAAGCACUGGCAAUUUUAAGAGUCUUUCUCAGGGUAACUGUUUUAAUGAACAAUGUUUCCAGCUACAAUUCCUUCCAAAUAAAUUGUCUUUCCUUUCAAAAAGUAAACUUUUUAAAAAUUUAGCAAUUUCUCAUUGAUUUAGGCUAUUUUCGCUAUUCAGAAAUGAUUUUGAUCUCUAUGGAAUUAAUGCUCUGCCAUGAAAAUUAUCUUUCAGAUCUCUCAUUAGUGAUGACAUUUUUUUCUACUGAAGGUCAAAGGAUUGAAAACAGGUCAUUUUUUUUCUUGUAUACAUGUAAUGUAUUAUGUAAAAAAAGUAUUUGUAUUGGCAAUUUUAGUUUGCCAGUGUUUAGUUUUAGUUUGCAUAAUGGUGUGGUUGUAAUUUUUAAAACUUAAUUCAGUGUUUUGUCUGAUUAAAGCAGGCACUGAUCAGGGUAUCCCCUAAGAGGUAAUUUACCCGCUGUUCCCUUCCAGUAAUCCUUACAUUCUAAAUUUUCAUAUCUGAGAAAUAACAAGAGAGGAGUAGAAGUAAAUUAGGGAAUAAUCUAAUCUUUGUUGUUUAAAGUGUGACUUCUCACCACUGAAGCCAUUUUUCCAGCCUCAGAGAGAGGAACUAAUGCCUCUACCAUUUUCUACCUGGUGACUUGAACAUUGAAGUUUUUGUUAGGUAGAAGUCACUUAGUGUCAGGGAACUUGUAUACCACUAUCUAUGCAGCCUUGUUACAGUCUGAUGAUUUCUGUGUUUUGAAUAUGAUUUUCCUAAUGCUUUGAAUAAAAUUUUAAAAAUUUUUCAUGUAAUGUGC